UUCUGCACAUGGCUGUACAGUGAAACUGGCAGUUGUGUGGAAGGAGGUAUAAUUAUCAAAAUUAAAAUGGGUAAUUUAUUAGAAAAUAUUUUGAUAAAUUACAGAUGGAUUUUUGUAUGUUUCUUUCUACUUCCACUAUCUACAAUAUAUAAUGUGUGGUUUUAUGCGAGGAACUGGUUAAUUUUCAAAUUGGGAAGUGCACCUAAACAACAUAACCUGCGAGUGCGUGACAUCCAGAGACAAGUGAAAGAAUGGCGAGCAGCAGGGGGUAAAACCCCAAUGUGUACAGGUCGACCUGGGUGGCUAACGAUGAGUCUAAGGUUAGGUCAAUAUAAAAAGAAACUGCAUCAGAUAUAUCUUCCAUUGAUGGAUGUUUUAGAUAUAGAUACCAGUCGACAGAUAGUUAGAGUUGAGCCAUUAGUAACCAUGGGUCAGCUAUCAGCUACUCUGCUUUCUCAGGGAUGGACACUUCCAGUUGUUCCUGAAUUAGAUGAUCUCACAGUUGGUGGGCUGAUAAAUGGUACUGGAGUAGAGACAUCAUCUCAUAUUUAUGGCCUAUUUCAACACAUCUGUGUAUCCUAUGAAUUAAUACUGUCAGAUGGAAGUGUUGUUACAUGUACAAAGGACAAUGAACCCGACCUGUUUUACUCUGUGCCUUGGGCACAUGGCACCUUGGGAUUUCUACUUUCAGCUGAAAUUCGUAUCAUUCCAGCUAAAAAGUUUGUGCACCUCCAGUACACUCCAACUUAUACCCUUGAUGAUUUUAUUAAAAAGUUUACUUACGAAAGUACCAGGAAAGACCCCCAUCAGUUUGUUGAAGCUUUAGCAUUUGGGCCGGACAGAAGUGUCCUUAUGGUGGCUGACAUGACGGACCAACCUGACCCAAAGAAGAUAAACAAGAUAGGACAUUACUACAAGCCUUGGUUCUACAAGCAUGUGGAAACAUUCCUGAGAAAGGGCCCCAGUGAAGAGUACAUUCCUCUUCAAGACUACUUCCAUCGACACACAAGAAGCCUAUUUUGGCAACUACAGUACAUAAUCCCAUUUGGAAACAACCAACUUUUCCGUUACUUUCUUGGCUGGUUGAUGCCUCCAAAGGUGUCUCUGCUAAAGCUGACCCAAGGAGAAACCAUUCGGAAAUUGUAUGAGGAGCAUCAGUUUAUCCAAGACUUGAUGAUCCCUCUGAACAGUCUAAAGGAAGCAAUUGGUGUGUUGCAUGACACAGUUAAGAUUUAUCCUAUAUGGCUUUGUCCUUUCUUGCUUCACGCUGACCCGGGUAUGGUUCACCCCCAGCAGGACAGUGGCCAAAUGUAUGUGGAUGUUGGCCUGUACGGAGAACCACAGGUGAUGGGUUACCAAGCUGCGAGAGAUACGAGGAAGAUGGAAGCAUAUUGCAGGAAAACAGGAGGCUUUCAGAUGUUGUAUGCAGACUCUUACAUGACUAAAGAUGAAUUCUGUGAAAUGUUUGACCAUCAACUUUACGACAAAAUGAGAGAACAGCUAAACUGUAAAUCUGCGUUUCCUCACGUUUAUGAUAAAGUGGGUAGGAAGACUCUGCUAUAGAAAAAAGACAAAUGCCUCUUUCCUUUUCGGUUUUUGUGAUUUAAGAACUUAGUACUUGAAUUCACAAUAACUGAUAUAAUGUUUAGAAGAAAAAUUAAUAAUAUUAUACUUUUGUAAGUACUUAGUCUUGGAGGUAUACGAUUAGGACCAACAGUGCUGACUUUUCUUGAGUUCUAAGAUUUUUAUACUUGUUAAAAAAAGACUAAUUAUCAAACAUAAAAGGAUUUUUGUUUUCAAUUUGAAUAGCAGUUAUCUUUCACUGGCACUUUUUCGUUGUUUAAUAUUUACUAGAAAUGUGGGUUUUUCUUGUUAACAAUUUCAAGAAAGAUUAUUCGAGAUUUCUGUUAGUAAGUUUGUUAUAGAUUGUGUAAUAUGGAAACUGUAACAGAGAGCCACUUCUCUAAUUUUUAUAACAUAUUGUUAUACAUGACCUCUGGUAAAAAUAUGGGUGAAUAGAUAAUUUGAGGUAUCAUGAUUUGGGUUGAGCAGUAUGCAAAUGUUUAAUGAAGUAGAUUUAUAUAUUUGUUGUAAUUUAGUAAAUGAAUUGCUAUCAGAGAACAGUUAAGAUAAGAGUUUAUUGUUUUGCUUAUUAUUUAUUGAUAUAAACAUGUUACUAUUUGUAAAAUAACACAUCAAUUUUCCAUUGGAUAUUCAUCCAUUAAUAAGUGAAUAUGAAUACUGUUAUUUUUGAUAAUUAUUUUUUUAUAUUUGAUAACACAAUUUAAAAGUUAGUGAAUUUGAUGUGAUUAAAUGAUAUCUAGAUAAAAGAUACCAAUUUUUCUGUCUAAACGUUAACAAUAUUUAUUGGCCAUUAUUACGUAUGCCAAGAUUAAAUAAACAGAUUGCAAUGUAAAAUAAA